CCUUCACAGUAUUGGGGAAAAAUACAGUGUAAUUGUGUUUCCAUCAGUUGUGGUGAUACAAAUGAUUUGGCUUCAUCCUAACAUUGGCUGAACAUCCAAAAAAAAAGACAUUUUGCAAAGAUGAUGUGUCGGCAGACAGCAGUGCUGAGUUCCCAGACCGAGCUUCCAUGAUGGAGGUGCGGCUGCAGGCACAGGAGGAUGAGAUCACGCUGCUGAAAUCCUCACUGGCUGAUGCCCUGCGCAGGAUCCGCCUCCAUGAUCAGCUCUUGCCAUUACUGAAACAGCAGCUCAUUGCAGUGAACCCAGGUGCUGCACGAGUGCUGAACCAAGUGUGCUGCUCAGAUGGUUGCACCAGCGGCAGAAAACUGUCCUCCAGCUCAGCUGUCGACGGGAUCCGCCACCCUGCUACCAGCCAACUGUCAGACAGCAUCAUGACCGAUGCAAAUGGCCACAUAGGAAGCCCUGAGUCUAUGAAGCCAAGACCAGCAACACUGGACAGGUCAACCCAGACAGAUCCCACCCUCCCAGGGCAGGACACUGGGCAGGAGAGGGUCCCUCUGCCCAGGCGGGCCCAGAGCCUGCACCUGGAGGACGCCCUCCCACCAGGGGAGCCUGUGGUCGAGGGGACACGGGCCAAGCUCCACCGUGUCCCGGGCUUGGAAGAGGAGGAUGAGGAGCAUGAGGAAGAUGAAGAAGGAGGAGGGGAGCAGGAAAAGGAGUUGAGUUGGACGUCAUUGGUGGAGGAGCCCAUUCAGCCCACCACGGUCAGAGGCCUCCAGAGGGAGGACUACCAGGAUGGAAGCUGCUCUCCUGAGGAGCCGGGCUCUGCCUCAUCCUCAGUCAGAACCUCUGACCAGAACCUCAGCUCCCGCUCCGGACCCCUGUCCUCCAUCCUGGAAGGAGAGAAGAAACAACUGUUAGUGAUCUCGCCAUCCUCCCGCUCUGCUGCCUUCAUAAUCAUCUUUCUCUUUGCGAGUGAUUGCAUGGCUUUUAAGGACGAAUCAAAAUCUUCUGACCUGUGUGACUGCAAACCCCAGCUGCUCUGCAAACCCCCUUAUGAAACAAACAGCCUUAGGUUGGCAUGGUGUGAUUAUGCCGUGUUAGUGCAGGAAAGAAACCCUCGGAAGAUGACAUAUUCCAUCGUCAUGUUUGCGCAUGUGUUUGAGCAGGGGGCGAGGGAAACAGCAGAACAUAAUAGCGGCACUCGUCCACACUGAGUGACAUAUCCAACAUUAGCUUAACAGCACACAGCUUUGAGCCCAGUGGAAAAUGUGAGGGCAGUUGAACACAGCAUAAUACAGAAAAAGGGGCAGGAGCAGGGUUAGGCUUACAGUAUGUAUACACUUAGACUGAACAAGAAAGGUCAGGACAGCGCAGAUGUAACCUUUAAAGGACAGAAAACGUUAUGAAAUUAUAUAUCUGUCCAAACUGCAUGCAUCAGAGUUAAAAUCCAUCAAAAGAAUCUUCAGAGUGGUCCUUUCUGUUAAAACUUUACUGUGGCUGCAAAGUAUUAAUGUUGAUGGUUCUUUAAGAUGAUGCAGAUGUGCAUAGUUGACACAGUGCCACUAAGGAUCUACCAUUCAGCUGGGUUUUGCAGGAACACACAAAUUAUGUUGAGAUUUUUUCAGUGCUGUUCUACUCAAAACUUUAAUCAGUCCUUUAACAUUGUCUUCCUCGAACAAAUCAAGGAUCUUUUGCAUGCUGUGAUUUGUUCCCCACUGUGAACUCAAAUGAUUGCUUUAAUAAACGGGAUUACAAAGCACA